ACCUGAUUGUCCUCAUUUACUAAGUCAAUUUCAUAAAGUGCACACAAUUAUUGCAGUAUUGUUAACUUAGUUCAAUUUUGAGAUGAAUUCUUUAAUUUUUUAUUCUCUUUUCUUGUUUUUUCCUGGACUUUUGGUUUGUGCUUCUACGAUUGUUCUAAAAACUCCAUACCAUUUCAACUACAAUGUAGAUGAUGUUUUGAGAAUGGAUAUUAACAUGAUCAAUUUACCGCCGAAUAUGGAUUCCUACGCUGUUCAUUCUGGUCAAAACUAUAAAUUAUAUGACAAAUCUAACCUCUCAGAUUGGAAUAAAUACCAUGUUAAAAUCAAUGGAAAAGCAAUGAAUAACUCACAUAUUUCCAUUCAAUUGCUAACGUUUGAUAAGGGAUACUUGUACUCAUGUACCAUCGUGCACAUAGCCCAAGGACGACCGAAAAAUGAUAAUAGCUUGCGAUCCAAACAAAACGAAACUGACUUCUGUUUAAAUGACAAACAUUGUAAGAUUCUUUUGGAUUUUCGACAUUCUUGUUCAGAAAAAAUACCUUAUUUCAAUUGUUCAUCGAUUGAUCGACUCAUCGUAUGCACCAAACAUAGAUACAACCAAGCUACAUUUACGUGGAAACAGUUCUAUGAUGAUGGUUUGUACAUAGGUAAUACACCAGAGAUAAAAGCGACGAUAACAAAAUUUAUAUUUAAUGUAGAAUACUUCGAUAACAACACAUUUGUGAAAGUAUUGCCAGGCAAUUCUAUAUCUAAUAAAAUAAUUGUGGAUCCUGAUGUUAUCCCUGAUGACAAAAAUAUUAGCAAACUGACGUUUACAGACUCAACCGAUAUUGAAUUCGAUUGUGAAAUAUAUUUACAGCAAACAAAAUAUGUAUACGUAGGCCUUAUUAACACAACAGAAAACAAGAUAACGACACUGAAUACUGCAUUAAUGAAUAAUAAAUAUGGUGAAAAAUAUAACGGUAGUAUUUUAUGUUGUUUGUAUUACACGAAAUUUGAACUACCACCUGAAAAAUAUGUACAACGAUAUGUAAAGAAUAAGACACUGUUAUUAUAUUCUACUGAAGAACUUGCUGAUUCUGGCAUUACAACAGAUCUUACAGUGCUAUAUGCGUCUGUUACUGCCGCAGUGCUCAUUCUUGCAGUCGCAAUAACAAUUGUAGUUAUAAAACGUUGUUGUAAUAAGACGCCUUCAUCAUCAGAACCAAAACCUGCACCAAGGAAACGAUGGGAACCAUUUUAUGUGAAUAAGCUGUUGCAGUUACGCAAAGAAUGUGACAGAGAAAUUGAGGCUGAACGACAAGCGCAGGAACCGGUGUAUGAAGAGAUUUCGUGAAAAAACUCAUCAUAAUGUUACAUCUACAAAUAAAUAACUAAAUAUAGCAACACCACACAAGGUCGGUUAGCCCCAUGGUAAGCUAUAUAUUAGCUUGUGUUAUGGGUGCUAACACAACUGAUAUACCACAUAUAUUACUAUACAUAUAAAUACAUAUUAUAACUCCCAGACCACAGCCAACAAGCAUGCUCAUCAAGCAAAUGUUGACAGUACCGAGAAUCGAACCCGGGACCAUCAGUCCGGCAGUCCGGCAUGGUGACCAUUGCGCCAACGAGGUCGUCUAAACAAAAAUAAACAUAGAUUUGUUUUGUCUAUCAUGGAUGUAACUUGAUUACUUGAACCUGAUACUGGUUUUAUUUUAUCGAUAAAGAAUUAAUCAUUAGUUAGAAUUUCAAUGAUUAUUAUUUAGAAUUUAAUUUGACUAUUUUUUUGUUUAUAAUAGUAAUGUUUUGUGGGCUUAAAAUCCUAUUAUAAGUUAUAAGUAGGUUAUUACUAAUUUCUAACACUGGGCUGCAUUUCUAUGAAAAGCAUCAGAUAUUGCUUGUGGAGACGUUUCUAUACGAUCUCCGAUUUGCGAUUAUAUUGUUACUUUCAGAACGUUAGCUUUAGAUGUUUUUAUAAUUCUCCACGUAGCUUUAGAACCACGUAGUUUUAUAAUUUUUAAAAUCAUUUUUAUUAUGUUCUUUAGAUUUCAGUCUAUGAUGUAAUGUUUUUAUGUAAGUAGCAUAAGUUGAAUAAAGGCUUUUUUAAUUAUUUAUUUA